AUGAACUAGAAAAUAAAAUAAAAAGCAGAGAAAACAAGAAUGGUUGCAAAUUUAAAGAACAAUGCAUUCUUGUCUUCUUUUAUGUUUCUUUUCUUAAUCGGUUCCUCGUACGCCAUCACAAGUUCAGAGAUGAGCACCAUCUGUGACAAAACUUUGGAUCCAUCUUUCUGUCUUGACUUUCUCAAUUCAGAAUUUUCAUCUCCUAAUCUUGAAGCCUUGGCGAAAGCCACACUUGAUGCUACACAAGCAAAAGCAACACAAACAUUUAAAAGACUCCAAUCUAUUAUCGAUGGAGGUGUCGACCCCCGAUCCAAACUAGCUUACAGAUCAUGCUUAGAUGAAUACGAGAACACCAUUGGAAACCUCGAGGAAGCUUUUGAGCAUUUAGCUUCUGGAGAGGGUGAGGGGCUGAAAACUAAAGUUUCUGCUGCAUUGGAUGGAGCUGAUACAUGUCUAGAUUAUGUGAAGAGAUUGAGAUCUGUGGAUGAUUCUGUUUUGAAUAAUAGUAAGGGAAUUAAGAAUCUUUGUGGUAUUACUCUUGUCAUCUCUAACAUCCUACCACGUAGAUAUUAAUUUGAAACCAUCAUCAUGUGUUUGACUGAUUAAGUUGUAUUAUUGGUAAGAUGAUAAUUACAUUAUUAUAUACUGUAUAUAUUAU